CAUUCAGCGGCAGUGGCUGAAGCGAUUGGACUGCGAGCGUCUCUCCCGACUCUUUCUGUGGAAUUUGAAUUAUUUCGGCACUUGCACGGUUCGGGAUACACAGGUGACGGCGUUCACGGUGCUUCUUCUGGGUCGCAGCAGUGAUCACAGGGAGCUCAGCGAUGAAUAAGCUACGGCAGAGCUUCCGCCGGAAGAAAGACGUCUACGUGCCGGAGUCGAGUCGGCCGCACCAGUGGCAGACAGACGAGGAGGCGGUCCGCAGCGGCAAGUGUAGCUUCGCAGUCAAGUACCUGGGACAUGUGGAGGUGGAGGAGUCUCGCGGCAUGCACAUCUGCGAGGAUGCAGUGAAGCGGCUGAAGACGGACAGGAAAUUCUUCAAGGGAUUCUUUGCAAAAGCUGGGAAGAAGCCAGUGCGCGCUGUGUUGUGGGUGUCGGCAGAUGGUCUUCGUGUCGUAGACGACAAAACAAAGGACCUGAUUCUGGACCAGACAAUAGAGAAGGUGUCGUUCUGCGCACCGGACCGUAACUUUGAGAGGGCCUUCUCUUACAUCUGCAGGGACGGCACCACGCGACGUUGGAUCUGCCAUUGUUUUAUGGCCAUUAAAGACUCCGGAGAGCGUCUCAGUCAUGCCGUGGGUUGUGCAUUCGCCGCCUGUCUGGAGCGAAAGCAGAAACGGGAGAAGGAGUGUGGGGUCACGGCGACCUUUGACGCCAACAGAACCACUUUCACCCGCGAGGGCUCAUUUCGUGUUACUACGGCAACAGAGGCGGCAGAGCGGGAGGAAGUCAUGAGGCAGCUACAGGAUGCUAAAAAAGCAGAGACCGAUGUGAAGGUAGCUGGGAACGGGGCCGCCAGUGUGACAAACUCCUCCGCACACCAGACGGGAGGCUCCCCAUCCCCCUCGUCCUCCCCACCUCUCUCUAUGUCCACCCUGGGACCCCAGGUGAUACCACGCAGACAUGCGCCGGCAGAGGCUCUGGCCAGGCAGGGCUCCUUCCGAGGCUUCCCGGCCCUCAGUCAGAAGACCUCUCCCUUCAAACGACAGAUGUCCCUGCGCAUGAACGAGCUGCCCUCCACCAUGCAGCGCAAGUCCGACUUUCCCAUGAAAAAUACAGUCCCUGAGGUAGAAGGAGAAAGUGACAGCAUCAGCUCGCUGUGCACUCAGAUAGCCUCAGCGUUCAGUGGACCCCCAGAGGACCCCUUCUCCUCAGCACCAAUGCCCAAACCCGCUUCAUCCCCACAGUCUCCUGUAGCACCAGUGAACGGCACAGCUCCUGCCUUCUCUGUUGUUGCUGCUGCUGCUGCUACUACUGCUAACCCCCCAGUUCUGCCCCCUGCUCUGCCCGCUCGAGACACUAACCCCUGGGCUAAGACCCCAGCAGGGGCCCCGGCCUCAGCACAGCCAGGAAGUAACUGGUCAUCCCCUACUCCGGUGAUAGUGGUCCCCCCCACAUCCUCCCCAUCCAUGUCCUCCCACAAACGCACGCCAUCAGAAGCAGACCGCUGGCUAGAAGAAGUCACCAAGUCUGUCCGAGUCCCGCAGCCUAACCCCCUGGUGGCCGCAGCCCCGCCGCCCACCCAGCCGUUUGCCGCCCCUGUGGCGAUGCCCGUGCCGUCGGUUCCCCCGGUGGCCUUCGUGUCCUCUCUGCCCUCGGCGGUGCCCAUGUUGCCCCCUCGCCAGCCAGCCUUCCACGCUCAGGCCCCAGCUUCCUACCCGAUGCCCAACGGGCUGCCGUUCCCUCAGCCCAGCGUGCCCGUGGUCGGCAUCACUCCUUCGCAGAUGGUGGCCAACGUGUUCGGCUCGGCCACGCAACCGCAGCCGUUCCCCGUCUCGGCCUCCACGACCCCGCAGCACGAUCCCCAGGCUGUCGGCAGCAUCAGCCCGUUCAUCAAACACCCGCAGUUAAACGCAGUGAACGCUGCUCCCCUCCAGCCAUCCAACGGUAGCGUGACCUUUAACGGGGCGGACAGUUGGGCUGCUCCGUCCCAACUCGCCCCAUCCUCCCCAGCCACCCAGCCGCCCCCACAGCCGCAGGAAGAUGCCUUUGAGGCCCAGUGGGCAGCCCUGGAGAGCCGCUCGCGCCAGCGCACCACAGCCUCCCCGACCAAUCCUUUCUCCACUGAGCUGCACAAGACCUUUGAAAUCCAGCUCUGAAGACUGUGUUUCAGAUCAGAAAGUACUGGACAAUAAGGACGCCAUUUUAGCUGAGGG